UGUGCAUCACGAUGGAGCAACUGCAUGGAUGGUUCAUUUGGGUGUUUCUGUGUCAACUCAUUGCAGUCAGACCAGUGGAGAGCAACACUGUGUACGGUCACACAGGACAGACUGUUACUCUGCCGUGCAAAUACGACAGCCAGUACUACGGGGCGUUAUCCAUAUGCUGGGGCAAAGGGGAGCUGCCAUCGCGAGGCUGCGGCAACCAGGUCAUCCAGACAGAGGGUUUGAGGGUGACGGAGCGUUCUUCCCCACGCUAUCAGCUCGCCCACCGCCAGAUCAGUGCUGGGGACGUGUCCUUAACCAUCUACGAUGCGCGGGAGGAGGACAGUGGCACCUACGGCUGCAGAGUGGACAUCCCUGGGUGGUUCAACGACGAAAAAUAUCACAUGAAUCUUCAAAUAACAGCUGCUCCAACGACAACAGAAGCCCAAACAACACUGGGCACAACUGUUCAAACUACUUCUAGAACUACUACAGAAUUAUCAACUACUACAAUGAUCGCUACCACAAGCACAGAGAGAGAAUGGAUACCAACGGAAUUCACAGAAGGCCAUUCGACUGCUUUUACAGAAGUUGCCAAGGCAGCAGAAACCACAAGACUAAACA